UCAUGGAGAAAAUUCAGCAAAUUCUAGAGGAUUUGACAGACGAGGAGAUGAAACACUUCAGGCACUUAUUGGGUGAUCAUCGCAUACCAGCUGGCAAACUAGAAAAUGCAAAUGCUUUGAAGGUGGCGGAGCUGCUGAAGAAAUUCUACCAAGACAAGAAGAAAGCUUUAAACGUGGUUGUGGAUAUUCUGGGAGCUAUUCCCAGAAUGGAUCUGGUGGAAAGGCUCAUAGGGAAAGAGGGCCUUUAUGAACUUGAUGGAUGCAGGAAAAAGUCAGUGGAUUACUUAUGUCAUCAAGAACGAGCAUUGUCAGGAGCGAGCUCUGAUCAUGGCCAAGAUUCAGAGUUAAAGCAGCCAAUCAAUGAGAGAAAUGUAAAAACAAAUGCCCGUAAAAAUAAAGCCAAAGACUAUGGACGUGAUGGAAAGCUACGAUAUCCUUCUAUAAGUCAAAUGUACUUGGGCUUCACAAUCGCUAUUUUGGGAACUGCAUCGGCGAUUUUAACGCCCCAUAGCCCAUUUGCACAAGCCCGCAUUCCAUGGUGGUCUGGCGUUCUGUUUUGUGUCAUAGGAAUGAUUCCUUUGUUACCACUCAGGAUAAGUGAAAAAUUUAAGUUACGUAUUGUACUUGUCUCGAACGUCAUAGGUUUGCUGAUUGCUUUAACGUCAAUUGGAUUAUCAAUCUGGAAUGGAAUUGAAGAGACUAGAGCCAUUAAGACUUGCAUUUCCAGUUAUCAUUGGAUAAUAAUUUUCUUUGCUGCCUUUCAACUGUCCCUCUCUGGCUGGAACAUCGGUCUCACCAGCUUCUGGUUAGAUAAGGAAUUCAAGAAUUGAAGGUUUCCGUAUCCCUGAUCAGAAGUGAUUCAGCCAAUAGACGUUUGUGAUGGAAGUGCUCCAGGCUCUGUAUUCUUCUGCUGAGAGGUCACCAAUAUGAAUCAUGACCAAUAAUUCCAUCUUUGCAAAUGUUGCCUUUUGAAUAUUUUCCAAAUCUUGCCAUUUUUCUUUCCAAUUUCCAAUGUGGGGAGUAUUGGUUUGAUGUGCUGUGUUAUAUUUUCUAUUGAUGCAUAACUUCCCUGAAGCUCCAAGUUAUAACCUUGUCCAGUGAGUCAGUUCUCUUAUAAGAAAAAGAGAAUUUCUUGUGCAGAAUGUCACCCACCUAACAUGUUAAGACGUAUAAUGCCAAAAUGCUUAUUAUUAGGGGCCAGGCCAGACUCCCUCCAAACGUUUCAACAAUGUAGCUGAGGCCCUAGUGUUUCCAGUUGUUUUAACCAUGUGUAUAGUGAAUAUUCCAGGAGUGAUGCAGCUAGUCAAACGACUCAGCUUUAAACAAAACAGAAUUUGUUCACAGACUAGCAGAUGAAACACAAACAAAACAGAAUAGAAUAUGAAAUAACUUAAAACCUAUCUGAAAGCCCAACUGACUCUAUCGCAACUUAAUGAUGCUGUUCUAAUUUCCUACAACAUCCCCAUAACCACACCCCUUAGCAGAAAAGGUAAUUUCAAAUACACUUUCCGACAAGAGAGAUGUCAGAGAGAGAAUCAGAAUGGAGCCUCUUCUCACUGUAGCUGUUUCUUUGGGUCCCUAGCUGAAAACUAAAUCAAAGUAGAAAAACCCCUGAACCGGAAGAACUGGUCACUCCCCUUUCAUUGUACCAGCGUGUGUGUUUUUUAAGAAGAACUGAAAACCUUCUUUUCUGAUUAUUACCUUAGGCAAUCCUGUUAGGCAUCCUUUUAGACAAGUCAGCACCUCUGCCUUUUAAGACCCCUUUUGAAAAAUAAAGCAAGGAAAACAUAACCUUGUUAAAGGAGCAGCAUCGUCACAUUAUAUACUGUUGUCGUUCUCAUGGCACCUACAUCGAAACCUUUCCAGUUCACCAGAAUCUCAGUCACUGUAUCCUAACAUUUAAAAUGUCCUGUUCACUUAUCAAAUUAUUACCCACUGGCUUACUAGACUGACCAAUCAAGGGAUCAAUCAUGUUAAAAAAAAUUGUUGAAUAUCCCUCUUUAUUUCCAUCACUGCUAAUCCCUGUAAAAUUGUCCAACCCUUAGUUAACUCUACUGGUGAACUAAAGGAGAAAGUGAAGUCACGUGCUGUGCAAGGUGUUCGAACUAGGUGGAUAAAUAACUGGUUGAGCAACAGGAGGUAGAGAGUAGUAGUUGAUGGGUGUUUCUCGAAAUGGAGAAAGGUGACCAGUGGUGAUCCACAGGGAUCAGUGCUGGGGCCACUGUUGUUUGUGAUUUACGUAAAUGAUCUGGGAUUGGUGGUCUGAUCGGUAAGUUUGCAGAUGACACGAAGAUUUGUGGAGUAUCACAAAGCAUAAGGACUCUCAAAGAAUACAGGAGAAUAUAGAUGGACUGGGUAGUUGGGCGGAGAAGUCGCAGAUAUAGAGUUCAAUCCAGGCAAAUGUGAGGUGGUGCAUUUUGGAAGGUCUAAUUCUAGAGCAAACUAUACUGUUUGUAAAUGGAAGAGCCUUGGAAAAAGUUGGUGAGCAAAGAUAUCUGGGAGUGCAGCUCCAUUGUACCGUGAAGGUGGCUGCACAGGUAGAUAGAGUGGUCAAGAAGGCAGAUGGAAUGUUUGCCUUCAUCGGACGGAAUAUUGCCUCUAUGAGUUGCUAGGUCAUGUUAAAGUUAUAGAUGACAUUGGUUCGGCUGCAUUUAGAAGACUGUGUACGGUUCUGGUCGUCACGUUAUCAAAAGGAUGUGGGUGGUUUGGAGAGGGUGCAGAGAAGGUUUACAAGGAUGUUACUUGCUAUGGAAGGUGCUAGCCAUGAAGAGAGUUUGAAUAGGUUAGGCUUAUUUCAUUAGUAAAAAGGAGAUUGAGGUGGGACCUGAUUGAGGUCUACAAAAUCAUGAAGGGUAUAGACAGGAUGGAUAGAGAUAAGCUUGUUUUCCCACAGGGUGGGGGAUUCAAUAACGAGAGAGCACGCAUUCAAGGUGAGAGGGGAAAAGUUUAACGGGAAUAUACGCGGAAAGUACUUUACACAGAGGGUGAAGGUGCCUGGAAUGCAUUGUCAGCAGAUAUAGUAAAGGCAGGCACGGUAGAUUCAUUUAAUUUGCGUCUGGACAGAUGCAUGAAUAGGUGGGGAGCAGAGGGAUACAGAUCCUUAGGAAUUGGGAGAUAGGUUUAGACAGUGGAUUGGGAUUAGCACAAGCUUGGAGGGCUGAAGGGCCUGUUCCCGGGCUGUAAAUUGUUUUUGUUCUUUGUUCUACUAUUUCUGCAGUUCUCUACAUCUUAUGUGUUUUAGUCUCAGGUUUUAAUUGUACCACCAUUGCCCAGGCAUGUGACGUAAGUUAUACCGUUCCUUUUCCACCACCCAUUGUCUCGCCUCCAUUCUCCAUUGGAAACCCAGAUUUUAAACAAGAUUUUCACCACCUCUCCUAAACUGUGAUUAUGUGUUCGAAAUCAACAAUGUUAUUGUUCAUGGUAUUGCUAAGAGGAAUUCCUCCUCUAAUAGGGUUAUGAAUCUGUGGAAUUCACUCCCAUAGAAAUGCUGGAACACAGAACAAAUUUAAGUCGGAGAUUGACAGAUAUUUAACUAGUAAUACGUUGAAGGGUUAUGGGGAUAGGGAAAUGCCUGCUUAUGCGAUGAAUUCUGUGAGCUCCUUGAUUGCUUCAUUGCAGUGUAUUUUUUUGUUAAGUCUACUGCAAAUUCUGAAUUGAUCACCUGUGUAUUGAUAUGUUCUCCACCGUUUCCUACAGAUUACAGACUCCACAAUUGUGCCAGCAUUUACACAAUGUGAAAUGAUUGUUAAUAAACCAGCGAAUGCACUUUUUAAGAUAGUUACAAAAUUUUAGAGAAG